GUUACAAGAUGUCCGUUCCUGUGACUACGGCUUCGUGUGCUAUGAUAGUUAAGCAUCGGGAACAACAACAACAGUCGUAAUACCUUUCAUACGGUGAUUUAAAUUUCCAUUUCUGAAACUAAAGGUGAAGAAGAGUCAAAUGCACAUAACGGUUUUGAAAAUUAGUUUCAUAGUGGUAAAAAUGAUCUAAAAUUUAGUCUGUUUAGUAUACGACUUGAAGUAUCGAGAUACGUUGGUUUCGAAUAGAUACAUAUCUGCUGAUUUUGGCUGAAUAGUUCUCUAGAAAGGGAAGUUUGUAAUAUAUUUAAGGUUAAAUGACCUGCUAAAUAUGAGUUACGUCACACCAGAGGAUUCUGAAAAUGAUAAGAGGGCCGAAGAAAACUAAAGUAAACCGUAUAUACAUGGGCCUAUAAAGAUCAGUAAUCCAUAUGAUACCGGUUUAGAAACAUAUUUGCCUUAAGAAUAGUGAGACAAAAAUUGUAAGGAAACUUCACAGUUUAAAAUAUUUACGUGAAAAUAAUAAAAUCCAGAGAGACGAAAAUUUUGUAGAGAAAAACAGAAUCGCAUAAGAAAAAAAACAAAAAACUCGUCACAAUGUUCUCCAAAUUCUCGAAGAGUUCAGCUGUCAGCAGCAGCAGCAGUUCAGGAGGCAGCGGCGGAUCCAGCGGAGGAGGGAGUGGAAGUGGAGGGGGAGGUGGUGGAGGAGGAGGAGGGGGAGGAGGAGGAGGCGGAGGAGCUAGGGAGGGAACAGCUGCUUUAGAUUCCUCCCCUUUGGCCCAACAGUUCGAAGUGGGGAAACUUGUGGCCACGGCUGGACCCUCCAACGUCUGGAAGAUCUACGAAGGAUACAGGAAAUCCGAUGCCAAGGAAGUGUCGGUGUUCGUCUUCGAGAAGAAGACGGCGGAGAAACUUCACAAACCCAGACGGAGAGAGACAGUGACGGAACUCCUGAGACACGGCAUCAGGCAGCUUGAGAGGUACAGACAUCCACGGCUCCUCCAGGUGGUGGCAGGUCCUGAGGACACCCCUGACACGCUGUCCUUCUACUCGGAGCCCGUCAUGGCAUCCCUGGCCAACAUCAUCAUCCCUGCUGACGAGAAGGAGAAGGAGAAGGGUGCCAGUGUCUCCAAGGACUACAACUUCCUCGAGAUCGAGCUCAAGUACGGCAUCUUGCAGCUGACGGAGGCCUUGUCGUUCCUGCAUUACACUUGUCACGUCGUGCACCGCAAUGUCACUCCGGCCUCAGUUUUCGUUACGAAAAGAGGUACUUGGAAACUCGGAGGACUUGAGUUUACAGAAAAGGUCGCUGAAGGAGAGGGUCUAGAGGCUAUUUCUGUCCAGCCUUGGACAUCCCGUGUCCCUAAGAUGACCCAGCCUGACCUCGACUACAUAGCUCCGGAGGUGCAGACGGGAUCCAGUUGCAGUGUCCUCAGCGACAUGUUCUCCCUCGGGAUGUGCAUCUGCGCCAUCUUCAACGCCGGCAAGUCGCUGAUCGAAGCCAACCACUCCAGUUCGCUCUACCUGAAACAGCUCGAGGUUAUCGGUGAGCAAGUGAACAACGUCCUGCCGAAGAUUCCUCUAGGACUCCAGGAAGCCGUCGUCCGAUUGGUCAGCCGAGAUACCCGCCAGAGACCGACGUCCCAAUUGGUCGCCUUAAUCAAGUACUUCAGUGACCCAGCAGUGCACGCGUUGCAGUUCCUAGACGUCAUCAACAUGAAAGACCCAACGCAAAAGAGCCACUUUUACAGAACAACUCUCAUGGAAGUGAUGCCAAAUAUUCCUCAGAAAAUGUGGUUCCUUCACGUGUGGCCGUCGCUCCAGCAGGAAAUGCGUACCCAGGAGGUGCUGGCGGCAGUUCUUCAGCCAAUACUUCAGCUGAUCUCUGAAAUCACGACGGACGAAUACGAAAAUAUCAUUCUUCCGCAUUUCAGAACCGUCUUCAACAUGAACAAGUCCAUCCAAGCGUCGGUCACGUUCCUGGAAAACAUACACAUCGUGUUGGAGAAGACUCCUUCGGAAGAUAUAGCCACGGAUAUCCUGCCCAUCAUCUACUCGGGACUGGAGUCCACGACGGUCCAAGUGCAGGUGGCAGCAAUCGUCGCGGCGUCGAACGCGGCGGAAUACUUAGACGCGGACGCCAUCAAGAAGACCGUCUUGCCCCGGACGAAGGACAUCUACGAGAAGAACCCGACGGACAUAGCCCUGUGUCUGACGGUCCUAGGGUGCAUAGAGAGAAUCCUGGACAAGCUGGAACGCUCGGCGAUCAUCGACGACGUCCUGCCCAUCCUCAGCGACGUCAAACUCCAGGAUGCCGACGUCACCGUGAAGGUUGUAAAUAUCUACAGGUUAAUGCUCGGGGUGAAGAAGUUCGGACUGAGCGUCAACCUCCUGGCAACGCGAAUCCUGCCCUCCCUCCUCCCCCUCACCGUGAGUCCGACCCUCAACCUCCUCCAGUUCAGCUUCCUGCUGCAGACCAUUCAUGAAAUGCUCGACCACAUCGACAAACAGCAGAGGAACAAACUGAAGCUGGACGACCUGAGCCUCGUGAGCAGUCCGGGCGAGAAGAAACUCCUGAGGCACCAGCUCAGUUCGGACAACAUGAACCUGUCGCCCUUCUCCCCGGUGCCCAACGUGCGGAUCCAGGACACCCGGAUGUCCUCCAGCGCGGAGGACGUCCUCUCGCGCCGAGGGUCGUCAGGUAUAGGAUUCUUAGGAUACUCCUUCUCAGGACCCUCCUCCCCGGACUCACACUUGCUCCGCGUCCAAUCGGCUUUCAUUGGACGCCGGCUGUCAGACAACGAGCUCAUGAUGCCCCCGAAGAUACGAGUUGCUCAUUCUUCGGCGUCUUCGCCGGGAGAGACCAACACGGGCUCUCUGCCCAUCCGGAGGCACUCGAGCAUCGGCCCGGAAAGACGGGGCUCCACCUGCAUGAACCUUUCGCCUCCGACUCUCUCCCGUGCCCUGAGCUCAAGCAUAAGCAACGCAAGCAAGAGUGUCCCCAUGUUGCUAACUCCACCUCAGGUCUCAGGUUUGGGCUCCCGGAGGCCGUCCGCCUGCUCGAUAAGCUCCCUGUCCUUAGGAGGGAAGGAUUCCCGCAGAGGCUCCACGGCAUCCAUCGGGAAUCCGCUUAGUUCGUACAAGUCCCAUCGUCGACCGUCUGCUCUCAUCUCUAACUCGUCGAGUGGUAAUCUCCUUCAACAGUUGUCAGCCGGCGUGGUGAGUACAUAUCAACUUUUCUCCAGCAAGUCUUAGGAGGGAGGAAGACACCAUCGCCAGUCUUAGGGACCAGGAGAAGGAGCAUCUGGAACGCAGGUUCAGCCCGAUAAGGAGGAAGAAGAAGAGGAAGGAGCAGGAAGAGGGAGUGUGGGAGAAGGAGGAGGAGGCCCGGCGCCAGUACCUGGAGGAAGAACGAGGGAAGAGGAGAAAGAGGAGGAGGAGGAGGCAGAAUAAGAGCACCGAGAAGAGGAGGAAAGAAGACGAGGGCGUCCCAGCCUUCUGGCAUCAGAGCAGAACAGAGAGAUCUCAUGGUGUGACGCAUAGGUUUCUCUCUCUCUCUCUCUCUCUCUCUCUCUCUCUCUCUCUCUCUCUCUCCCUUGAAGUCCUUUGGUGUCUUCAGGGUGUUUAUUGACAUCUUGGGGAAUUCAUCAGUCAAAUGCGCAGUCUAGCCUAAUGAAUGGAACAUCACUUCAGAAGCUACCAGAAGUUUUCACCUCAGCGGCAUCAUACAAAAUCUCACAGCUUCCGGGGGAUGAGGGAGUGGAAGAACGUUUGACAUCUAUUUCUGCAGAAGGAGUGGUUAUUUCAUUUCAUUAGGCAAAUAGUAAUUAUCAUCACACAAUGGCAAGGACAGAAAACACGAGGAAUGAAAAGGGAAUACAAGAUGAUCGUGAAGUCUUUGGUUGUAGAGAAUUUAAACCUAUGUUUUAAACUAGAAUGACACUAAUCCCCUUAUCAACUUCAUGAGGGAUCACAAAGAAAUAUUUUUCUUGACAUUGAGUAGGUGAUCAUAAAUUUGUGGUGUGUAUUCAUACACAUACGGAAUACUCACGCAGGCGUUUGCUUCGGUAAAGCUCAUCAGUUAUUUUGGUAAUUCUGUCUGUUCAGAAAUUUCAUAUAUUAGACCAGUUUUAGCCAUAACAGGAUGCAGUUCUUAGGAGCAUUGUGACUGUAACAAAAAUAAAUGGCAUCACACCUGGCGAUAUCAGCAAACAUACUGUUGGUUUAGAUAAAAGAAAAUUCAAUUUAUCGUUUGGGAUGUAUGCUGUGGUUAUCAGUAUAUGAGUAUGAGCGCCAGUUGUAUGUGUAAAUAUUUUAUUUGUCUGGGAUAUGGCAUUAUUGAUUAAUUUUAGAUAAAAAUUGAUCUCGAGAGACUCUUGGCAACUCCAUCCAUCCAUCCAGUCUUGAAGUCGUUACCCUGAAAGGAAAUGUGUAGGAAAAUUGCAGCUAACACACUGGGUACCACAGUUAACAGAAUUCAAGGAACCCUUGCCCAGCAUUUAACGAUCAUUUUAUAUGUCAUUUAUCAAAAAUAUUUGCAAAAUAUGGUAUACGUUCAAGUGCAGAUAGCAGUUAUUUUUGUAUUUGCAGAGGUUAGGGUUGUCAAAAUAGUUCUUACUUGAUCACAGUAUCCAUUGCUGGACCUGAUUUGGGAAUACAAUAUGGCUAGGUUUUAUGGAACUGCUCUUCCUGGCAGGUUCUGGCAUGAUUCUUAAUUUAUCUGUCUAGUGUGGUGCCAUUUAAAAGACAGCCCAAGUUCCCGAUAUGAGUUAUUUUAUUCAGAACUAACAAACGCAAAACGUUUGAUACAUCAGACCCUGCGAAUGGUUCAAAAGAUGCAACAACCUCCGUUAUUGGUUGUAGAAAUGUAACUGUCACUGUGAUUGGUUGAAUAGGUACUGCAUCAACUGUAACCAGUUUUCAGGAUGAUGCUUCAUGAUCUGUGAAGGUUUCAAACUAUGUUACAGCCACUGCAAAAUGUGAAGUGUUCAAAGGAUGUUAAAGCCAUUGGGACUGAAUGAAGAGAAUUAACAGCCACUGCGAUUGGGUGUCAAGGUGUAACGGUCACUGUGAUUGGGCGCAAAGAUGUAACAGUCACUGUGACUUGCUUGAAGAGUUGUCACAUUCACCGUUACUGGCUGAUGAAAUAUGACUUGAGCUGUGACUGAAUGCAGAGACAUUAUAUACUCGUUGUGACUGACUGAAAAUGAAGCGAGUAUAUGAAUUGUAUUACGAGAUCUGUGACUGGCUGGUGAAUGUCGCUCAAGUGAUGUUGGAGUAAGAAAAGGUUUAUAAAACUGAAGAGGAAAAGGCCACUGAGACAGAGAUGUGGUUGACGAUUGCAAGCAGGUGUUUGUUAUGUAAGAUGAUUUAUUAAGAGCAUUUUUACUAGAUGUUACGAAGCAGGUGGAGAAUGCUUUUAAAACAACGGCGCUAAAAUAAUAGAGAUUGUUUACCAAUAUUUUUAUUGCCAGAAUUCUAUUCAACUUGCAACGUAGGUUGUUUGAUCCAGACUUUAUAAAAAAAAAAGUAUAUUUAUAUGUGUUGAUUCGAUUCGAAGUCUGUGUCGUCGUCAUGCUCCAGUGUCCUUUGUAAUAAGAAAGCGGAUUGAUUUCAUUAUCAUUGCAAUUUGAACAUGAUACACUGAACGCCAAUCCCUCGUUUCCUAUCGCUGUGAAUGAUAAGAGGCGGAUGGUUUAGCAUGAUAUCUAAUUAUUAUGUAUAAUAAUCAUAAGCUGUGUUAUAGGUGCGUUGUUUCCUUUUAUUCUAGUGAGGUGAUUCUGUUACAGGUCAAUUAAAUAGUAAGACGCUUUGUUUAAACUUACAAUAGAGGGAAUUCACACUUCCGAGAUGUAUACUUUCACGUGAAGUCACGUCAGUUGUACGCAAGGUGUACUUGCAUAACACGCAAUAGAGUCAUGAAUAGUUUAGUUAUUCAUCAAUUUGUUUUCUUGUGAUCUAUUUCAAUUUGACAAAAAAAAUUUUUGUUCUUUGUUUCACGAUUUGUUUCAAAAAGAGUCUUUUUUAUAUAUGACACUUGCUGUUGUAUCCAUUUUUUUUUUUUCGUUUCUGGUAAUGAGAUAUGAAAACUGUAAAGUUUGCAAGAAACUUCCAAAAUAUUUGAUAAGUGCAGACGCACUACUUUUAAUUGGUGAUCUGCACGUAUAUAAAUGUUUUUAUAUGAUUGUAUCCAUACAUACGCACUUGCAAAUACCAUUAUGUUUCUUUCUUCUAUAUUUGUCUACUAUUUUAUUUUAUUGACUUGUCCGUGCUCCUACAGACUCUCUUUUUUCCUUCAAGACUACUGUACAUAAAGUAGCCUUCCCAAAGUAGUUUUAUAUAUCGCAUUUAUAAUUUAGUUGCUAGAAAGUGAAUGUCCCGUUGCUAGGUUGUCUUCAAAUACUGUGAUUCUUAGAAAUAAUUAAUUAUCUGGGUUGUCCCUCAACACUCUACUAUGUAGAAUACUUUUGUACCAACACCUGUUUAAGUUAUCUCUUUUGCAAGCUGCUAAAGUAUAGCAGUUGCUGCUAAUGAACUCGGCUCUACUUUUGCCAGGACUACCUACUGCUACUUAACUGCUCUUUCUGCUACUGCUGAUGUUGCCAUCGCAAGUUCCUCUCUCUCUCUUCUGUGUCUAUAACCACCGGGUUACUCUGUUGCUGCUGUUUCGCAAAAAAAAAAAAUAAAUAAAUAAAAAUAAAAAAACCUUGACUCGUGUCAAACAAAACUCCUUUUCAGUUAAUGUUGCUGAAUCGGCAACAGCCGCUGGAACCGCUGAUGGUUUUGAUCUCUAGGCAGUGCUCAGGUAUGGUAGCGAAUAUCACGUACGAACCAAUCUAAAAAAAAGUUUAAGGAGUAGGCCUAUUGAGGAGGCUCCUUGUGGCUGCCUGUAUUGAAGAGACUCUGAGAAAUAUACGUGAGCGUUUUUUUUUUUUCUUUUAAACUCCAUGUUUAACGGUAGGCUAACUGACCUAAUUGAUAUCCCUAUUGGCUGAGGGCUUUUAAGCUGAACCAGCAGAAUAUCAGCUAAUUCUCAUGAACCUGCUGGAAUGCCCAAUCAAGGAUAGAACUCAGGCUAAAGACAUCUGAAAGAGAAGCAGUGAUUGGAGCUAUCGAUGACAAGUGCAAGUUUGCUAUGAAUUCUCUGGACGAAAUACUAUCAAUUCCUCUGUGAAAAGCAAUUACGAGUGUCUCUUGCAAAUAAAUGAGGAAUAUUUUAUAUUAAGUUUUUUUUCGAUUUUAUUUUAAUUUAGUCGUCCAUAUAAAAUUAAUUCUCUUGAUGCAAUAUUCUGUUUCUAUGAAUAACAAUUACGAGUGAUCAGUCUCUUGGAAAUAUGUGACGAAUAAUAAUUGUCUUUAUCUUUAUUUAUUUAUUUAUUUAUUUUAUUUUUAUUUAUUUAUUAUUAUUAUCAUUAUCUUCUGCUAAUUUAGUCGUCCAAGUCAAAUCCUUCAGGUUUCCGAAGCAGCCAGCCACAUCAAGCCUCUUGAGAUCGACCUCUUUAUCUGCAUAAAUAUUGUAAGAAUCUUUUCCCACUUUGUAAUUCGAACUGUCGGUGAUCAAGAAAUCCUUAUUUCAUUGACGAGUACAUCCAUAGUCAGAAUGUUAUGUCACAUCGUAUAUUUUUUGACCUCGUAUCUACUAUAUUUACGAUGGUUUGGUUCCUUCUUUG